AUGGAUAAAGAAAUGUUUAGCAAGCUUGCGUCGAAAAUGGGGAUCACGUCUAUGAAAGUACUGAGCCAAGCAGAAGAAUACAUGCGAUUAUCUCAGGUGAGAUGCAAUGGCCUAGGCAACGCAACAGCUACAAGCAAAGCUGUCAUCUGCCUGGAACUGGCAGCCACGUCAAAGAAGUUUCCACUAGACAAGGAAUAUGCCAUUAAAUUAUCUGGAUUGAAUAAGAAGCUAUAUCAGAGCCAUCUGAAGUCUAUGGAAUGCAUCCUUGGCCUUCAGUCAAACAUGGGUCUCAGGGAUCUGGCCGUUCAGUACGGUUGCAUGGACGCAGUUAAGAUAGCGUCUCAAAUUCUUCAACGGUAUGAAGCGUGUCUACCUCCAGCCCAGCAGCAAGAUUUGGACUUGUCAAAACCGCUCUUCACUACUGCUGCCUUGUUCACAGCAUGCAAGUGCAUGAAAAUUAGAGUAGACAAAAAGUUGGCAUCAUCAUCUGGUGCAAAGAAAAGCAUCUUUGAUAGGCUCUGCGCUCAGCUAAACAGUCUCGGACAGGAUAUCUGCCGUGAAACAGCUUCUGAAAAGGUAUCGAUUAAAACGGGACCAAAACGGAAAUCAGAACAACUGAAAUCCCUCACAGAGGUUCUGGAGGAAAGGGAAAAUGAGGCAAUGCCAACUGCAUCCAAGCAACAGAAGGAAGAGGAGUUGGAGGAUAGUGUUAAAGUGAAUUAUGAGGAGUGGAAGAAAAAAAUCCUUGAAAAUGCACUCAGAGCAACGAAAGCAGACUCAUAG